AUGUGGUCGGGUCAGGUGGCGGGUUCGAGCCGAACCCGACCCGUGCACACUGCUAAUCGUGACUAUAUGUUGAAUAUGGGAAUAGACCCGGGUAAAGCCGUGGUGACCCAAGUGCCCUAUGAAUGUGGGAAUAGAUCCGGAAUUGGUACGAGGGCUAUUAACAAUGACAUCGAGAAUCCGCCCGAAACUGGGAGGAGCGACAAUCGAGGCAUUGCUGUGGUUAUACUCGAUGCUCUCACCAGACGCUAGUAGGUAAGAGAGAAAGAUUUAGCAAAGGACUUGAAGCUACAAUCAAAGCAACUUCAUCGAACACUGCGAUUCUUCGAAGAAGAAAAGCUAGUCACUAGGGACCAUAGGAAAGAGGCAGCAAAGAUAUAUAGUGCUGCCACAGCUGAUGGUUAGCAUGGGCGAGAGGGAGAAGAAAAGAUUAAGCUGCAGCACACUGAUCAAUCCUAUUGUUGUUUGGACUAUGCACAGAUAUAUGAUGUCGUGAGGUACAAACUGCACCGAAUGAGGAAGAAGCCAAAAGAUGAGAUCCAGAACAAGAAGACUGUUCAGGAGUAUAGAUGCCCCAACUGCGGAAAGAGUUAUACUGCUAUGAAUGCACUGCAACUUAUUGCUUCUCUCAAGGAUGAAUAUUUUCAUUGCAAAAGUUGUAACAGGGAACUUGUGGCUGAGAGUGACAAUUUAGCUGCUGCUCGAGAAAUGGGGGAUGGGCUGAAGGACAUGCUUCGGAAGCUGGAGGAACAGCUUAAGCCACUAAAGGAUCAACUCGGCAAAGUAAAAGAUGUGCCAGUUCCCGAAUUUGGAAAUCUCCACGCGUGGGCAAUUCGUCGUGCCAAUGCUAGGCGUGUAUCUGCCUAAGGUUUUGGUGGAACACCGCCUAUGCCAUUUGUUGGAAAAACAAAGGUUGAAGUAGCCUUUUGUGGUGUUGAUGAUCAAGAGGAGAGGACACUGGACACGGAAUCUGAGAAUUCAAAUUCAGCUACGAAAGUUCUGCCUCCUUGGAUGAUCAAGCAAGGAAUGAACCUUACAAAAGAACAACGUGGAUUGGACAAAAAGCCACUGACUCAAAAUAUUGAUCUUCAAGUUGGCAGCAAGUCCAAACGUGAUGACAAUGAAGGAGAUGAAGUUAUGGAUCAGUGGGAAGAAGCUGCACCUGCAGGCAAUACAGGCGAAAGUUACAAGGGUGAAUGA